CAACUCUUCAUUUUAUCUGCGUCAACAAACCCUUUUUGUUAGCAAGACUUUCUCAAGUUUAUCUCGUCAAUAAACUCAACAAACACCUUUCAACAUGCAGACCAAGAACUUGGCCAUCCUGGCCGCCGUGGCCGCUUCAGCUGCCACCGAACAAGUCCAACACGUCGAUGUCAUCCACGUCGUUGAGACCCUCCACGUCUCCAACUCCCAGAUCCUCCACGUCAGCCCCAACAAGCGCUCCCUCGACGUCCUCUUCCGCCGCGCCGACGCAGCUGAAUGCAGAAGCUCCGCCCGCUCUUUGCUCCUCAGCGCGCCCACCGCAGCCCCUGAGGUCGAGUCAUGGGCCCUCAGAGCUCCUUCCUCCACCGACCCCUGCACCCUCGUCGCCCCAUCAUCUAUUUCGGAUGCUCUGAUUGAGUAUCUGACUGAGGUCGCCGAGUGGGCGAUCGAGAAGGAGGAUGACGCCCAGGAGAUUGUCGACAAGUGUAACCUCGAGGGCGAUGGCAACGCUCUCGAUGCUUGCUCUACUCCCGGUACUCUCUUCUUCACUUCUGCCAACCAGACAAAGACAGUUCCUCUCGAGCCCAUACUGGAGUCGAUUUCGGCGACUCCAGGAUCAGGAUCAGGAUCAUCGGGCGAUAACGGCAAUGCGGCUGCUCCUCGUGGUGCGGGUCUGACUGCUGUCGUUGCGGUCGCGAUGGGUGCUGUUGGCUUCCUUGGAUUUCUGUAGUUUAGCUUGAUAUCUUUGAGUGCGAUAAUAUACGAUACCCGGAGCCGAGAUAAUAUACUCCUAGUUUUUUAGCCUGUCUUCCAAA